GGGUUUGGAAAGCUUUUCCCUGAGGCCCGUACAGUCACUUUGGACCUUUGCACAAGCCGAGGUGACAUAUGUGGAGAAAAGCCUGCCCUGAACUGCUCAGGAAAAAAGCCCAGCGGAACAUUUUGUGCCAGGGACAGUGUACAGGACAGUGACGGUGACUAUCUCUGCUUCAGUGACCAGACCGCAAUCCCUCUGUGAAGAUGUGCUCCACGAACCCAGGCAACUGGGUCACCUUUGAUGACGACCCCGCCUUCCAGUCUUCUCCCAAGCCCCGGAGUCUCCCUCUGGAGAGUGCAGGCAUCUGUCGGCCCAACGGACUCAAGCUCAACCUCGCCGGCCCCCGGGAGCUGUCCAGCGGCGCGUCCUCGGCCAGCAGCACCCCGCUGCCCUCGCCCGUUGUGGACUUCUACUUCAGCCCAGGGCCGCCAAGUAACUCCCCCCUGUGCACACCCACCAGAGAGUUGCCGGGCUUCCCCGGCUUCCCCAAAGCGGGGACUCACACACUUUAUCCUAUUCCAGAAACAUCUACCAACAGCCCCCUCCCGCUGUGCUCACUGCCUGCCAAGCCCACAGGUGUGUCCCCCGCUCCUUUGCCUGGCGACCAUGCGGGCCCACAGACUCUUCCUAAGGUGGCCCCAGCCGUUGAAACACCCCCUCCCCAGGCCGAAAGUGAUGCCCCCCAGUUCCAGUAUUUCCGGGAGGACUGUGCGUUCUCCAGUCCAUUCUGGAAAGAGGAAGGCAGGAAGCCCCCAGCAUCAAGAGAGCGAGAGAUGCUCAUGGACCAGAAGAGCCUAAACCAGUGCUCGCUCAGCUACAUCUGCGAGAGGCUGGAGAACCUCCAGUCGGCCGAGAGCCAGGACUCCCUUGGGCACUUACCCGAGGCGUGUCUGGGUGCCGAGGGCCCGGCAUCUUCCUUUGUCCCCCAGGCGCUGUUCCGGAGUCGGCCCCACACGGGCUGGUCUUUCAUGCUGAGGAUUCCCGAGAAGAAGAACAUGAUGUCUUCCCGGCAGUGGGGACCGAUUUUUCUCCAAGUCUUACCUGGGGGGAUUUUGCAAAUGUAUUACGAGAAGGGGUUGGAAAAACCAUUCAAAGAAUUCCAGCUGGACCCACACUGCAGGCUCUCUGAGCCCAAAGUGGAAAACUUCAGCGUGGCAGGAAAGAUCCACACUGUGAAGAUCGAGCACGUGUCUUACACGGAGAGACGCAAGUACCACUCGAAGACGGAGCUGGUCCACGAGGCGGAUGUGGAGCAGAUGCUGAAGUUGGGGUCCCUGGAUUUCCAGGACUUCCUUGGCUUUCUUACCACCGUGGAGGAGGAGCUGGUGAGGAUGCCCGCCGUGGCGAAACCGAGAAAGAACUAUGAGGAGCAAGAAAUUUCACUUGAAAUCGUGGACAACUUUUGGGGCAGAAUCACCAAGGACGAGGGGAGGUGGGUGGAGAGUGCCGUGAUCACACACAUCUCCUGCCUCUGCUUUGUGAACGGGAGCGUGGAUUGCUUCCUGACCCUGAACGACCUGGAGCUGCAGAAGCGAGAUGAACGCUACUUUGAAAAGGACUCAGAGAAGGGGAUCAGUAUCCUCAACUAUCAUUUCCAUCACUGUGUCAGAGGGCAGGAGUUCGAACAAUCCAGGAUCAUCAAGUUUGCCCCCCUGGACGCCUGCCGCUUCGAGCUGAUGCGCUUCAAGACUGAAUACAACGGGGAAGAGCCCCCCUUCGCCCUCAAGUCGGUGGUAGUGGUGCAGGGGGCCUACGUGGAGCUCCAGGCCUUUGUCACUAUGUCCCCGUCGGCUCAGAGGCAUGUCGGCUCCCUGAGGUCCUGUGACAACAUCCAGAUACGCUUCCCUGUGCCUGCGCAGUGGGUCAAGCCCCUCUGGACCAUGAACCUCCAGCGGCAGAGAUCCCUCAAGGCCAAAAUGAAUCGCAGGGUGUGUCUGGGGAGCUUCCAGGAGCCGGAAUCUGAGCCUGUCAUCCAGGUCACCGUGGGCUCGGCCAAGUACGAGAGUGCCUACAGGGCUGUGGUGUGGAAGAUCGAGCGACUUCCCGACAAAAAUGCAGGUCCUGAUCAUCCUCAUUGUUUGUCCUACAAACUGGAACUUGGAUCAGACCAACAAAUACCAUUUGACUGGUACCCGUUUGCCACUGUCCAGUUUGUGAUGCUGGACACUUGCGUCUCGGGGACUGAGGUCCGGUCUCUGGGGGUGGAGAGUGAUGUCCAGCCACAGAAACAUGUCCAGCAACGAACUUGUUACAACAUCCAGGUUGAAAUAGAGAAGAAGUGGAUUAAAAUCGACGGUGAAGAUCCAGAGAAAGCGGGUGACUGCGUAACUCAGUAGGGGGAGAGCGGCCUGCCAGGAGAUGCGAUUCCGAAAUGCAGAGUCUUAUUUCUGACCGGUGGGUGCCCUCAGAGCAGCGGCCUUGGGACUGGCCCAGUGGCUCUUUCCUGAUGGUUAGGCCCGAGACCAAACAAUCUGCAUGUUUCUGACCAGCUGCUACCCGAGCGUUUUGAUCUAACUAGCCCAGGCUUUGCCUAAGGUUUUCACUUGGAACUCAAAGACACUGUUAUUUCUGUGUGCGGCCUGAUGGGCAGCGUGGAUGAACUGUAUUUGCCGUUGGAUUUCUCAGUGGUCAUCGAAGGAGACACCAGCCAAACACUUCAUUUUCCUCGGGGCUGGAGCGAUAGCACAGCGGGUAGGGCAUUUGUCUUGCACACAGCCAAUCCAGGUUCGAUUCCCAGCAUCCUAUAUGGUCCCCUGAGCACCACCAGGGUAAUUCCUGAGUGAAGAGCCAGGAGUAACCCCUGUGCAUCACUGGGUGAGACCCAAAAAGAAAAAUAAACAACCAAAACUCCCAAAAAACCAAAUACUUCAUUUCUUAGUCAUCGUGGAGACACGGCAAGUUGUAGGAUGUUGGCACCACAGGUUAAAAGGAAAAUCUGAAAAUGUCUGUGAUUUUGAGUUAUUUAUUUUUCUGCCUUCUUACCACAUUGGAAUUAAUUGUCAGCUCUAUUUGGUCCCAUUUUUUCCCCCUGUAUACCAUCAUUUUCCAAAUGUAUUUGUAUUCUGGUAUGUGCUGCAGGGCUAUUUCCCUUCAUAUGCAUAUUUUAGCGCAAGUCAUGAAAACACAUGGCCUUUUGCUUGGAGACUCCUUUCCAAAUGGAAUCCCUAGUUGAACACAAAAUUAAAAUAUUUAUGUACAUUAAAGAUGAAUUUUUUAAGUCCGUGGUAUUGUUUUCUAAAAGUUCUGACUCUAAAAAUGUAUGUGAUUAAGUAUUAUUUGUAAUGAAUGCCAGUAUCUUCUUGAGUAGAAGUAUUAAUCACAAUAUGAUUAUUUUAUGCUAGUUCUGCCAUUAUGCUGUUUAUGCUAAUUCUGCUUAAUUUAGAGUAUUUUUCUUUGAAAUAUCCUGAAAAACACAGGAUUAUUUUAUUUAGAUUUCCAAGAGAUGACACUUUUAUUCCUCACAAUUAGAUAAAUGUUUGGUUUCUAAUGAAAACUCAGUGGUUAGCAUUCCUAACCCUAUUUAAUUAUUUCCUUUUAGUAUUUAUGGUGAAGGAUCAGACUUUUAAAAUUUAUGAAAUCUAUUAUUCUAGGUGUUUUUUUUUUCAGUCUGAAAAACAAACUCUUCCAUGGGAUAUUAACACAUCUUCAAUUUAUGCUGAAUCUUAAAUAUGAUUUACAACUCUAGUAAGUAGGGUUAUUUUUCCCUCUAUUUACUAGAUUUGUUUUCAGUCCAAGCUGAUAAUAAUAAUGUUUUUCCAAACAGCACUUACUUGUAGGGUCACAGAGUUUGUCAUAUGUUUUAUUCGAUAUUAUAUCAUAUUCAUUUUAAUCUGCUCAAAACCAGAUUCAAACAAACAUUCAUGAUGUAUCAAUUGGCAGAUUUUAUUGCUUUUCAUUCUUUGCCAGAUAGGCAAAGGAUGUAAAAGUCGACUCUCAAAUUGGUGUUGCUCCUUUUGACUUUGCUCCAUGCUUAUAAUAUAUGCUCAACACUCCCUGUUGUUGCAGAGGAGGGCAGAGUUGUGAUUGCAUCUUUAACAGAAACAGCCAUCCACCUUUUGUGAUCAUCUGCUGAGGUACACUGGGGAGCGCUUCAGUGUGGAGGCGGGCUGAACCCCGUGCUCUGCGACCCCUCAGCAGAAAGCUGGGUUAAUUACAGCCGUUCCUUUCAAAUUUGUUUUAUGGCACCCUGCCCAUAAAGAACUCAGAGUUUAAUUCAGUAAAUUUAAUGAAUAUUAGCACCACGAAAUAAAGUCAACCAAGGGUUUACUUAAUCACCCCAGCCCUCCACCCCGCCCCCUGUUUCAUGGGGUGCCCAGGCUCUGUGAGCACCGUGAUUUACUCACCGGGUCCUCCAGCCUUCCUGAGCUUUCUAUUCAGGAAACAGAAUAACAAAAGACUGACUGACACCCAAAUUGAGUUUCUGCAAGCCAUGCAAAGGUUGAUCGCAUUAACAGUGGGAUGCUCCUGCAUAAUUGUUCAUUUGCACAUCUAUUAGGAUUCUUAAAUAUUCAUUACUCAGUGUUAAAUUAACAUUCUGUGUAUGGAGGAGAGGUUUUUUUUUUAUUACAAUUCUUCUGACCUCAGAAAUGGCAGGAGGUGAGGUGUAACUAGGGUGCUUUAAGUGAAAAAUCAGAUUUGGUCCUUUUAGACUUCUGAAAUAGAAGGUAGACUCGCCAUUGCUUGACAUCAAAGGAAGACUUUCCAAACAAUGUAACUGGCAGGCUAGAGAGAUAGCACCAGGGGAAAGGUGUUGGCCUUGCACACGACUGGUUUGACCCCUGGCACUGCCAGAAAGCACAGAGUCAGGAGCAAAACUUCAGCAGAGCUGCGUGUGUCCCCAAAUCCAAAACCAGUCUUCACCCCCACUCCAAAUCACUAACUAGCAAUACUGCUUUUACGUUUGAGAGGGGCAGAGAGAAGGGAGGGAAGGAUGAACCACUCCUUUCUAGCAUUUGAAUUAAGCGAUUUAGAUCAACCCUUCCUGGGUUUGAGCAUUUGAGGGUCUGGUUUGCUUGAGCAAUCGGUGACCAGUUCUGGUCUGAUUGCUUCCUGGUGGAAGAUGAUAUUAACUGUGGACAUGAAUUCUAGAUUUAAAGUUACUUACUGUUGUGUGGGUCUGAAUUUAAAGGCAUUUUCUUUUUCUAUGGUGAUAGAAAUAGUUUAUCAAUUGAAGAUUCUAAUGACUGGAAUUUUUUAUUUGUAUAUGAAACAAGUUUGAGGGUUUUAAGUCCCUUGGUUCUGGAGCUAUUUUUUAAGAUACAUACAACCUUUUAUCUUAUGAAGUCAGAAACUUCUUUUAUAAUGACUUACUGUUUCUUACUAAAGAUAUUAUUUUAUGUCAUAUCAAUACAAAUAUAAACCAGGUUAAGCCUAAAUAAUCCUGUAACAAAAUAUUUUGUAGAGUGAUAUUGAUCUUUUUCAAAAUUAAAGAUUUAUUUCAAA